AUGAAGACCGUUCUUUUCUCGACUCUGUUGCCCCUCGCCCUGGCUCUCCCAGGCCCCCAGAAACAGCCCACGGAGGGAAAGCUACCCUGGCAGAAGGGCAGUGUAUGCCUGGCGCUGACGGAAGACUGUAUGGGAACGAUCGGGUGGUGCAACCUCGAGGCGCAACGCGUCAAGGAGUUCGGGACUCGUGAGAGGUGUCUCGCUCAAAGAGAACGCCGUCCCGCCGACGCCCCUAAACUCCCAUGGAUGAAAGGCACCGGUUAUGACUGUGCAUAUGCGCUCACUCCUGAGGAAAGAUGUUAUGGCACGGCACUUUUCUGCCGUGAGAAACUCUACCCACAGGGUCAAUAUCGGGACGAGCAGGAAUGCUUGUCUGACAGAGAGGAUGCGCCUGCGGAAUCCAAGCGCCAGACGAAAGAAGAGCUUCAGGGACCCAAGACGGAAGCGAAGGCGAAGAAGCCAUUCCGUCAGCCCGCGCCCGACAGUGACACUUCGUGCAUGACCUUCGACCGGGGCAGUGAGCGCUGCGUUGGGACCAAGUACUACUGUACCAAUGAUAUCAUAAGGUUUCCCUACACCGAUGAGGACGGCAGUGUCUACAAUAGCGCCGCUGAGUGUCUCGGAGCCCGUGAACCUGAGCCUCAAUCUACCGACGCUGAUCGGAUUGUGUUCCCCGAUAAUUAG